CUUUUCUAACAGCUAGAAGCACUUUAAUAAAAUUAAUCAAACAUGUCCAAAAGCAAUUUUUGGAUAUCAAAAGCUGCUUUUGACUUUUCAAAAUUUAUACCAAAUGGGCCUAAAAAGGAUUUGAGGAUCAUGUUAUUUUAUAGUGUUAGAACAAGAAUUGCUUGGAAAGAAUGUACUUGAUUUCUUGCUAACUCUAGGUAUCGUGCGAUUACGAGCGCCUAUUACCGAGGAGCUGUUGGCGCUCUACUUGUUUACGAUGUCACACGCAAUGUAACAUUCGAAAAUGUGGAAAGAUGGCUGAAGGAGCUUCGAGGUCACACGGACACGAACAUUGUGAUCAUGCUGGUUGGAAAUAAAGCAGAUCUUCGUCAUCUGCGCGCUGUUCCUACAGAAGACGCCAAGGCAUUUGCUGAAAGGGAGAGCACAUUUUUCAUGGAAACUUCAGCUCUGGAAGCUUUGAAUGUCGAAAAUGCCUUCACAGAAGUGUUGACACAAAUCUAUCAUGUAGUCAGCAAGAAGGCUCUCGACGUAGGAGAUGAUCCUGCUGCUUUGCCCAAGGGGCAAACCAUUAAUAUCGGAACCAAGGACGAUGUAUCGGCCGUAAAGAAGACUGGAUGCUGCUCCGGCUAGAUCCUGAGGAAAUAAGAUUCAAGGCAUGAAGAAUUUUAACUUCCCAGGAAAAGCAAAUGUAUAGAAAAAGAGGCCUAUUAGUUUGUUGAGUAGGGAAAUUGACAUUGAUUCUUCUGUACUCGAUAGAAAAAGGGACCACAAAGAUAGAUUGUGAAUGAGACUUGCUGGUGCUUUUACCAUCUAAAUUUAUGUAUUGACUAGAUUGCUCUUUCCUUUGAUUUCAAUUAAUAAGAAAUAGCUAAUCGCAGCUUAAAACUGCAAAAUGUUCAGCACAAGGAAACAUAAAAACUGGGAAAAAUUAAAUACUCUCAAAAUGUGAAGUGUUUGGUAAGAAAGAUUGAACGCUAUCUUAUAAAAAGUGACAGAAUGUACAAUGGCACAGUAACCAUUCAAGAGGAAUUAACAUCAUAUCUGCUGCCAUUCAGCCCUAAACAUAAUAAGCACGCAAAAAAAACCUUCAACGCAUCCUUCCAGACUAUACCCGUCGAUUAUUGCAACUAAAACACAGGGAACAUACAAAACUCGUUGAGUUCUAAUUUUAACUUCUUCAUCUGCUUUGAUCCACUUGUGCUCAAAACUUGAAAGGCCACCAAAAGAAGUGUAGAUUUAGAGAAGGAAUCGUCUCUUAAAAGGUUACAGCUCGUAGAGUAUGAGAUCAGUCGUAAAUACAGGAUCGUAAAGCCCCUG